AUCACACAUCAAGCCUUCAACUACCUUCCAAUACUUUCAAACAAACAAUCAACCUUCCUCAAACCAACCAACCCAACCAACCUCAUCAAAAUGUCUGCUCCCAACGCCAACACUCCCAACGAGGGCAUCGUCGGCCAGGCCGUCAACUCCGUCAAGAACGCCGCCAACUACGUCUCCGAGACCGUCCAGGGCACCUCUGCUGAGGCUUCCAAGGAGAGCAACAAGCAGCAGGCCAAGGGCAACGUCCCCGGCAACGACAGCAUCACCGACCGUGCCUCUGGUGCUCUCGGCGCCGCUGGCGACAAGCUCUCCCAGGAGAAGCACGAGGGCUCCGCUGAGGCCAACAAGCGCUCCAUCUAAGUGCUUCAUUGCACUAGAUCACUGGUUCGACAUUUCACUUCGGUUCAGAACAAUACCACUUUAACGCGAUGAGCACUAUGACUCUCGCCGGGUUCACGAUAGUACCAUGAAUUAAUGGAUAUGAGAUACCAAUAAACACUUCACACACCCA